GGGGCGGAGCGCGGCCCUGGCGGGGCAGAGUCUGGCGGAAGCGCUGCGGCUGGAGGCACUAGGGUAGGCCAGGGCCUCUGCUGUGGGGUGCUGGGGGGCACCCCCUGGGGCCAAGAGCUCUCUGUGAAGUGGGAGGAGAAGUUUCUGGGGGCUUGUGUCUGCAGGGCAGCUUGGACUGGGGUUUUGUGGGGAGGGGGAUGUUGUGAGGCUCCCCCAGGACGAUCCCACUAGGCUGCGCGUUUGGGGGUCUCCCUGGGUACUGCUGGGGCAGGGGAAGGCAAAAAGAGCUCCCAUAUUCAGGGAAGGAGGGGGGAGUCGGGGCCUUCAGGAGUGCCUGGUGCAGUGCCGAUUGCUGUGGCGUCGGGUGCUGGCCCCGCGUUCCCGUUGCAAUGGCAGCCCCCUGCGGAGAGCAGAUCCACCGGGAGGUGCAGGAUUACUAUGGCAAAGUGCUGCAGAAGUCAGAGGACCUGAAAACCAACGCUUGUGUCACCUCAGCCAGGCCCCUUCCCAAGGCAGUUAGAGAUGCUCUGGAGCGUAUCCAUGAGGAGGUGGUGGCCAGGUACUAUGGCUGCGGUCUGGUGAUCCCUGAGUGCCUGGCGUCAUGCCAGAUCCUGGACCUGGGCAGCGGCAGCGGCAGAGACUGCUACCUGCUGAGCCAGCUGGUCGGGGAGCAGGGCCAUGUCACUGGGAUAGACAUGACCGAGGGCCAGGUCGAGGUGGCGAAGAAGCACAUUGCCUACCACAUGGACAAGUUUGGCUACCAAAAGCCAAAUGUGGAGUUCCUUCAUGGUUACAUGGAGAAGCUGGGUGAUGCUGGCCUGGCAGAUGAGAGCUAUGAUAUUAUCAUAUCCAACUGUGUGAUCAACCUCUCUCCCGACAAGAGGGCCGUGCUGCAGGAGGUCUACCGCGUGCUGAAGCCCGGGGGAGAGAUGUACUUCAGCGAUGUCUACGCCAGCCAGCGCCUGAACGAGGCCGUCCGGAAGCACAGGGUGCUGUGGGGGGAAUGCCUGGCGGGAGCCCUGUACUGGAGAGAUCUGUACAGCAUCGCUGAGGAGGUGGGGUUCAGCCCCCCAUGCCUGGUCACCGCCAGCCCCAUCACCAUUGGUAACAAGGAGCUGGAGGACAUUGUUGGCGACUGCCGCUUUGUCUCUGCAACCUUCCGACUGUUCAAGGUGCCGGGUAGCAGCCGGGCGAGGCCGAGCCAAGUCAUCUACAACGGUGGGAUCGUGGGACACGAGCGAGAGCUGCUGUUUGACGCCAACUUCACCUUCAAGGAAGGAGAGGUGGUGGAUGUGGAUGCCGAGAUGGCCGCGAUCUUGCAGAGCUCUAGGUUUGCGGAGGAGUUCCUCAUCCGAGACAGUGGGGCCAACACUGCCACACCGCAGGGCUGCUGUCGCAAGGAAGUGAAGGCUGGAGAAGAUCUGUGACCCCUUCCAGCUGCUGGAGCUGCUGGCGGCCCCAGGUUCUGCCUGCCGUCCCAGUGGCACCUGUGGCCCCCCGGGGUGCUGCUGAGCAGCGAGUGAUGUCCCCGCACCGGCAGAUGCCAGUGGGGCAGGAGGAUGUGGCCCCAGCAGCAUGCAGCUUCCACCGGAGAGCAAAUAAAUGACUGAGCUUGAA